AUGCGUUUCAUUGAAGCUGCUGCUCUGGCAGCUCUUACUGUCCCAAUUGCCGCUCGAGACAACUUCGACUUCAGAGUCAAUCAACCACGUCGACUCGUUGCCGUCCAACGACCCAGUCCGAACAGAGUUACUGGAAACACUAUCCCUCUCGGACGAGCCAACACGAAGACAAACUCUUUGAGCGCUGGCUACCUUCAGGCCAUCAGGUCUGGCCAACAUGUAGAUGGUGUUUAUUCGCGUCUCCAAAACGGAACAGCACAACUUCUGUCUGUCAAUGCAGGAAGUGUUUUCCUUGCACCUCUUCAAGCAGGUGGCGAGAUGUUCGAAGUAGUCAUCGAUACAGGCAGCAGCGACACCUGGCUCGUGAACAAUCAGUUUACCUGUGUUGACCCAACCGAUUCAGAGGUGAUUGACGAAUCACAAUGUGCUUUCGGACCUACCUACUCCUUGUCCUCGACAGCCGAGCAGGUCCCUAACCGCAACUUCAAUAUUUCGUAUGCUGAUGGAGAACGCCUCAACGGUCAAAUAAUUACCGAGGAUUUGACGUUCGCUGGCAUAACAGUUGAGAAUCAAACCAUGGGUCUCGUUACUGUGGUGGGCUGGUAUGGCGAUGGCACAUCUUCUGGACUGGUUGGCCUCGCCUACGUAUCCUUGACAAACCAAUACGGCGGCAGCAACCCAAGUGCAGACGUUGGAGGUCUGAACAUUCCCUACAACCCUCUUCUCACAAGCAUGUUCGUCGAAAACCUCACCGCCCCGAUCUUCAGCAUCGCUCUUGACCGUGACGUCGCCCAGACUGCUCAAGCAGCUGGAGGAGUCCUUGCCGUCGGCGGUAUCCCAAACAUCCCUCACGGAAGCUCCUGGGCUUCAGCAAACAUCUCUGUUGUCGGCAUUGAUGCUGCAACAGGCCAGCCCGAGUACCAAUUCUACGCCAUUCGUGUAGACGGCUGGGCAGUAAGCAAAAACUGGAAUGCAGACUUUGAUGUCAAAAUGACCGGAAACACGAGAAAGACACCUUUACUGCACGCACCCACCUAUAAUGUCAUUGUUGACUCGGGAACGACUUUGAUCUAUGCACCUACCGAUGUUGCUGCUGCUCUUGCUGCGGCAUUCGACCCUCCUUCUACUAUCAGCUCGACAUAUGGCUUGUACACAGUGGCUUGCAAUGCUACAGUCCCUCGUUUCGGCGUCGCCGUCUCGAGUAAGAUCUUCUACAUCAACCCGCUUGACUUGAUCAUCGACACUGGGCUGGGCUUCUGUGUUUUGGGUGUUCAGAGCAACAAUGGAGGGUACACUAUCAUCGGAGACGUGUUCAUGAGAAACGUCUUGACUGUGUUCGACGUGGGAGCAGCACAAGUCCGUUUCUCGGCUCGGCAAUGUCAGUUGACCAAUGGCGCAAUUACUAUCGGAGGCAAAGCUGACUAUUUCUAA